ACCGCCGUCGGAGCCGUGCCAGAGAGUACACGGACCCCGAGCGGAGGAUAGCCAUCGUUGACGACUGGCGCCGGGACCGGAGACCCGGAGCCUGGGAAGGAAGCGGCCGUCAAUAACGCCACUACAACGGAGGAGCCGAAGCCAAGAGCUAACGGGGCCGUUGAAUAACUUCCACAACCGUGAGUAGGGCUGUGUGGAUAAUAAAAGCUGCAGAGCUAAUAAAGUGACUUUGUAAACAACGCCGCUACCAGCCAUAGCAGCCGGCAAAAGACGUCUGUGUCGUUCGCGGACGAGUCAUUUGUUUCGAACGAACCUUUCGAACGGAUCUUUUGAACGAAUCUUUUGCUAAAAGGUGAUUCUAGUGAUUCUGUUCACCUAAAGAAGACAAAAUGACAGAUGAGAAGCCAGAUCUAGAGAGCUUAAAGCGGAGGCGCUCAAAUGCGCAACGAAACUUUACAACACGAAUAAACCGCCUUGAUGUUAGUGCUGGCCGUUUACGUGAAGUUGAGUUGUCAGAAGAGUUAGCGAGAUUGAAGGAUGAUUAUGAAAAACUCCUCGAUGUCAGUAAUGAAUAUAUCGACGCACAGAGCCAGAUAGACCCUACAGGUGACGACAGUGAGUCGCGGGAUGCCCUGGCGAGGAGGGAUGCCAGUGAGCAAAGGUUCCUUGAAACUGAGAGCAAGAUCAUGGAAAUACUGUGGUCCAAGUAUGCAGCGCCGGACAUAGACACUCUUGUAACACAGUUCAAGUGUGCUUUUGAUCAGGCUGAGGCGCUCGGGAAAGGUAAAGUGGUGCCAUGGACGCAGCAAGGGGUCGAACGUGGUAAACUGGAUAGGAAACUCCAUGAACUCAGAGAGGCUUUGUACACAUGGAGAGACUAUCGGCCGCAUGGAAAGGACAAGUGGACGCUCCAUUUAUCAUUGAGAGAGGACAAGGAGCAACUGAUGGAUGAUUGGACAUGCCGACGUGAAAACGAGGUUAUGAUGAGGAACAGUACAGAACAAAAUGACGAUGGCGACAGUGACAGAAGUGAGGAGGAAGAGGAUAAAGAUGUGGGGGGUGAUGACGCGGUCGGCGGGCCUGUCGCAACAGUUAGCGACAGCCUCACAGCUGCAGAUGACAUCACUUUUACCCAACCAGUAACCCUUCCUAUUGCUACUCUACCUGUUAACUCCCAGCCUGCUGUUGUCAAUCCGCCCGUUGAUGGGCAGGGAACUGUAUAUGUUACGAGCUCUCCUUCAUUCAUGUCCACUGAUGGAGCAAAUAUCACUACCUGCGCUGCUCAAGGUGCUACUGUCACUAGCCGACCUCAGAGCAGGUAUGUAGCAGUUGCCACACACAGCACUCCCCAACAGACAUUACAGCCCACCCUACAGUCACGACAGUCCGAUAGUGGACUUGGUGUCAGUUUCGCCCUACCUCCAAACCUUGCCAGCACACCACAACUACUGAGUGUUCGGGCCGCUCCACCCGUCGAUCUCAGCAUGGGACAAGGUAGUAGCAUGCCAUAUAGUGGCUCUGGUGUGUACGCCGGUGGGGAUAACAGCUCUCAAUGGGCCCGACCUAAAAUAAAGCUCACACCCAUAAGUUUGCCUAAGUUCUCCGGGGACAGAAGGGACUAUUGGCGCUGGAAGGCUGAAUGGGAGAGUAUCCAGCUGCAAGCGGAGCCUACGGGGUCAAGGGAGUGUGUUGCGUUGCAGAGAUGCAAACGAUAUCUUCAGGGAAUUAGAGAACCGUUAUGGUGAUAAAGCACAAACGGCAGAAGAGAUCGUGUUGGAGCUACAAUCACGACCUGCUGUAAAGAACCACCAGCCACGAGAGACGUUAGAGUUGAUUCUAGCAGUGGAGAGGGCAGCAUUAGACCUCACAGACCUGGGGUGUGCAGACGCUAUACAAAAUCAGCUGGUGAUUCGGUCUUUAGAGAGUAAACUCCCUGAUGUCAUGAAAAGAGAGUGGCUCAUGUGUGUGAGAAACCCUAUUAACAACGUCCACCCAGGAAACCGUUUCAACAGGCUCUUGCUGUUCCUGGAAGACCAAAAGUCGUUGCUUGUGAGGUUGGAGCAGUUGCUGCCCAGCAAGCCAUGGCCUGCUAAUGCUCCUGAGAGACCAAGCUACCGGGAGAAACCAGGUGACAGAUGGAGAGAAAAGAAGUCAUUCACUAAGACUACAGAAUGUGAAGUCAAAAGAGACUCCAAGCUGUUACCAUGUGCUGUGUGUGGCGAUGAAGAACAUGGAGGUAAACUGUUUCGCUGCAAAACUUUCAGGAAGGCUAGUCUGUCGGAGAAGAAAGCCCAGGUGAAAAAGGCAAAAGCAUGUACAAAGUGCCUGGAUGUUCACGGGGUCGACGUCACCUGCACUCCAAAGUUCCUCUGUCGUAAGGAUGAGUGUAAGAAAGGCGACACUCCGGUGGACCACCACUAUUUCCUCUGCCCUAAGGCACCAACAAAGAAGGAUGCUGCUAAGAGGGAAAAUAAAGCAGAGGAAAAGAGGGGACCUCGUGGUCCGACAGAGGAGCAAGAGGCUGUGUUCGCCCAAUUGGGACUGACUCCCAACCAGUUGGAGGCUGUCCGCAGAGCCUGUACUAACAAGGCAACGUCGAAUGUGUGUUCUGACAAGGGUCUGAUAGAACAGAGUGGCUUAAAAGAACAUCCGGUACUCAUGAUGCUCCUACCUGUCACAACAAAGAGAGGAGACGGCCUUGGAGCCUUGAUCGAUCUCGCUUCUGACACUAAUUACAUUACGCACCAAGCUGCAGAAAGACUCGGACUGACCGGUGAACCAAUCUCCCUUGUUGUGUAUGGUGUUGGCACGAUGAAGGUGAGAGUUGAUACAAAAAGGUAUCUCGUGACGAUAAAAGUGUGGACCUCACGAGGAACCCUGAAGUUCCACGAGAUGAUCUGCUACGGGAUGGAAGACAUCGCUAAAGUAGAUCGAGUGGUGAGUUCAGAGCGGCUGGAGCAGUUUUUCCCUGAAGCUAAGCCGGGAGAACUGGCCCGCCCAGAGAAGAUCGAUCUGUUGAUCAGUACUCGAGAAGGCCGAUUAGCUCCACAAAGACUGCAAAGGGUCGGCGACCUGGUGAUGUGGGACGGUCCUCUAGGCAAGACUGUGAGUGGUGUGCAUCCAGACCUCUUCGAAGAAGUGGAGGUGACCACAAGGCUCUCGAAGACGCACUUUGCACACUCCAUGAAGACGGUAGCCGCCAAAGUUGAAGAACACUUAAUGGGAAGGCCAGGAAGCCAUUUGGAAAAAGAAAGCAGUGUGAAAGUCCGAACGACAGCUGCGUGCAAUAAAGAGGUCCUUGAGUGGCUGAAAUGGGAUAGCAUCGGUGCUGCCUGUGACCCUACCUGUGGAGGGUGUCGCUGUGGAAAGUGCUCACCGGGAGGAAAGGAGAUGUCCCUGGCUGACGAGAAAGAGCUGGAGAUAAUAAGGGCAGGUCUAACCUUCAGAGAGAGUGACACCCACAGCGACCAGCCACACUGGGAUGCGAAGUACCCCUGGAAGGAAAACCCAGCCUGUCUUCCCAACAACCGGAAGGCUGUGGAAGCAACGUUCCUGAGGGCUGAGAAGCGGCUCGUGAAAGACCCCCUGUGGAAAGAAGCUUACAUGAGGCAAGUCCACGAGAUGGUGGGGAGGGGAGCUGCUGUUAAGCUCACUAAGGACGUGAUGGACAACUGGAAUGGUGCCGUGUGGUGGGUGAGCCACCUAACCGCACCAAACCCCCACUCAGUGACUACGCCGGUGCGCCUCGUCUGGAAUAGCAGUCAGGAGUUCAGAGGGGUGAGCAUGAAUAGCAUUUUGCUCAAAGGCCCAGACGUCCUAAAUCCUAUCAGAGCGGUGCUCCUCAGAUUCCGAGAAGGAGAACAUGCAGCCAUCGGAGACAUCACCAAGAUGUAUAAUUCGGUUUGGCUGGAGGAACAAGAGGUCCAUGUGCAUCGGUUCCUAUGGAGAGACUCACCGAAAGAUGAGAUUGAGGAUUAUGCUGUCGUGAGGGUGAACAUGGGAGACAAACCAGCGGGGUGCAUUGCGCAGGUUGCCAUGCGAGAGACUGCGAAGUUGCCCCAGUUCUCUGACAUGAAGGAGGAAAGAAGAGUCAUCGAGGAAGACUCCUACGUCGAUGACCUCCUCACGUCCCACAAUGACUCACACUGUCUAGACAAGAUCUUAGAGGGAGUGGUGAAGAUACUGAAAACAGGAGGCUUCUACCUCAAGCCCUGGGUCCGGUCCGGUCAAAGUGGGAGGCGGGACGGGACAGAGUCCAGGCCAGUGACUGUGAUGUUGCCCAACCAGCUAAGGGAGGAAGAUAACAAAGCCCUGGGGGUUGGUUACAUCGUGCAAGAGGACAAACUCUUUGUGAUGGUCUCCAUCAACUUCUCCAGAAGGAAGAAGAAGAUGAGAACAGAGAUUGACCUUACUGAAGAAGAAGUGGAAGUAAAGACACCAAACCCACUGACUCGUCGUGUUCUACUGAGCCAGAUUGCUGGACUGUAUGACCCGAUCGGUCUAGCAACACCUGUGAAACAGAAAGGAGUGAUCCUUGUAAGAAGAGCCUUCCAGGAAGCUGGCAAGCUUACUAAAGACACCUGGGAUGAACCUCUGUCUGACGAGCUCAGAGGAAAGGCAAUUGAACUGUUCAUGGAGUACGCUCGUCUGAGUAGCAUCAAGUUCCACAGAAGCCUCACACCCUCCGACUGGAGGGGUAAACCCUGGGGAAUCACGUUUUCUGACGGGAGCUGUGAAUCCUAUGGCGCUGUACUGUACUUGCGAUGGGAGACAUCAGAUGGUGUGGUCACCCGGCUGGUAGAGUCAAAGGCCAAGUUAACCCCCCUCGACCAGAAAGGUGACGCGGUCAAGGCUGAAGCCUGCGGGGCUGUCUUUGCCACACGUCUAAAGGGAUACGUAUUGAAGCAUGGACGAUUGGACGUGGAGAAGUGGUACCACUUCAUUGACAGUCAGACGGUGCUGGGAGCCAUCCAAAGAGAGAGCUACGGAUUCCAGACAUUCUUUGCGAACCGAGUCGGAGAGAUUCAGAAGGCUGGGCCUGUAGCUGACUGGUGGUGGAUACCAGGCGAGGUCAAUAUCGCUGAUCUAGUCACGAGGGGGUGCUCUCCUGAACUGCUGGGUGAGAAUUCUGUGUGGCAGAAAGGCCCCAAGUUCCUGUCUAGUCCAGUCGAGGAUUGGCCCAUGAAGUCCGCUUCAGAAGUGGCAGCUGGUGCUAGGGAGAUGGUGAGUAAGCUCCAGAGAAAAGCCUUUUCGGUAGUCCUCACCAGAGCUCAAGCCAAGAUGUUGUUAAACCCUGACAGUCCUGGUGGUGAAGAUCCAAUAGUCACAGAUGGAGUUAGCGGGGCUCCAGUCUCCCCAGAAAAUGGGAUGAAAUUGACCUCAACUGAGGCCUUGGAAACGGAGACGCUGUGGGGAGCCACGCUCAUAGACCAAGUGGAUCCAACAAGGUACAGUUCUCUAGUUAAGCUCUGUGGAGUAGUCGGUUAUGUCCGCAGAGCUGUGAAGAAGUGGUUGGCCCAUGUAGGCAGGGCCUCUAUGCCAGCAAAGUGGGAGGCAGUGCUGACAGUAAAGGAACGCAAAGCUGCAUUCCAAGACCUGUGCCUAGCCGCCCAGAAGGGAGUUACGUUUCCU